GCAGGAAAGAGGGCUAUAAGGGCCGCGGCCCAGGCGGGCGGGAGCCAGGCCGACCAUGGCGGAUGUCCCCGGGGCGCAGCGAGCGGCUCCGGGCGGCGGCCCGGAGCCCCGGGACCCCCUGGACUGCUGGGCCUGCGCCGUGCUGGUCACGGCCCAGAAUCUGCUGGUAGCGGCCUUCAACCUCCUCCUGCUGGCGCUCGUGCUGGGGACCAUCCUGCUGCCCGCUGUCACCAUGCUGGGCUUCGGCUUCCUCUGCCACUCCCAGUUCCUGCGCUCCCAGGCGCCGCCUUGCACGGCGCACCUGCGGGACCCGGGCUUCACGGCCCUGCUGGUCACCGGAUUCCUGCUCCUCGUGCCGCUGCUCGUGCUCGCCCUGGCCAGCUACCGCCGCCUUUGCCUGCGCCUCCGCCUGGCCGACUGCCUCGUGCCCUACAGCCGAGCCCUUUACCGGCGCCGGCGCGCCCCGCAGCCGCGGCCAACCCGGGCCUCACCAGGGUCCCAGGCCGGCUCCACAUCAGGGAAGGUCUGGGUUUGAGGACCCUCGAGUCGGGAAGUAUCUUCACGACCGCACCCGCUUCCAGUCGCCCCAAGGACUUGAAGCCCGGGGGUCUCCCGAUCUUCCCUGUCCCCACCCCUGCCCCAGCCGGGUCCCAGCAUCCCCUUGGGGGAACCGGAGCAUCUGUGGACCCAAAGCUGGCGGAAAUCCGCCACGCCCCGGAAAACCCACUUUCUUACUACCUACAUCUGAAUCCUGGACAUCUGGGCUGGACCCUGUGCACAUCACCACUCCACCCCCAGCCCUCCCCGCCUCCCACCAUUCGGACGAACCUCGCCGCCUCCUUUCCCGGUGCAGCUCCUCUAGUAUUUACGGGCUGGGGGGCGAGGUUCGAGGGGUAAGGAGUGACCCCACAUCAAUAAAGAAUUGAUGAACUGAA